CCAAUUGCCAAAGCCUUAGCCAAGACGAGGGGAAAAUGAGAAGAAAGUGAAGGGGAAAGAAAGAAAGAAACUGAGAAAAUUAGCAAAAGUUAGUUUAACAAGGACGAGGAGGAGGAGGAGGAGGAGGAAGAUGAAGAGAUGAGUUGGCCUCAAACUGCGAGGCAAAUGGCAAAUCAGACCGACCCUAAAAGACCCCUAAAUCAAUUCACAUUUGAAAUUUGGUAUUACGACAGGCUUUGUGAAUCAUAACUAGAAGAAGAACCAGUGAAAGAAGGAAAGAAGGAAGAAGAAGAUUUGAGAGAGAGAGAGAGAGGCGGAGGGUGGGACCGGUGUAGGGGGAUAGGGGGUAGGAGGAGUUUAUGAUGCUUUGCGAAUCAUUGCGUGAUCGAAUACAGCCAUGGCUUCGUGAUUACGAUAGGCUUCAAUCAUUGGCCGUCAUUCUCCUCUACAUUCAGAUUGGGUGCGCAUUGGUGGGAUCGCUUGGUGCACUGUAUACCGGGGUUUUGCUGAUAAAUCUGGCCAUUGCAUUGUUCGCCCUCGUCGCAAUCGAGAGCAGCAGUCAGAGCCUCGGCCGCACAUACGCCGUCCUUCUCGUCUGCGCCAUCUUCCUCGAUGUCAUCUGGUUCAUUCUCUUCACUCACGAAAUCUGGAACCUUUCUCGUGGAAGUGGGAGUAAUACAACUUUGUACAUCUUCUCUGUAAAGCUCACUCUGGCCAUGCAAAUUAUCGGCUUUUCCAUCAGGUUAUCCUCCUCCUUGUUAUGGAUUCAGAUCUACAGGUUGGGCCUUUCCUAUGUAGACACUAGUGCAACUCCUAGAGAAGCUGAUUUUGAUUUAAGAAAUAGUUUCUUGAGUCCUACUACCCCCGUUGUACCCAGACAAACUUCAGAUUCUAGUGAUGCUAUAGGAGGCGCUAUCUAUGACCCCGCUUAUUACUGCUCACUCUUUGAAGAUGGUCAGGGAAAAUAUUGCAGUGGCAACAGAUCUACUUCUGAUGUCGAAUCUUCUAAGGCAAAACCAUCUGUAGUCAGAUCGUUUCAGUUCGUAGAUGAGGAGAAGGCAGCAAGCCAGCCUAGUUCGGUUUAAUUUUGAGUGCCAUCUGUCUUUUCCUUGUGGAUCGACUCCCCUAGGUAGUUGUCUAGAGGAUCUUUCAUAUGAUGUAGUCGCUGCGGCCAGAUUGUGUUAGGGAGUGGGCCUUGUACAGUCGGAUCACAUAUUAUUGCAUUUGUAUUGGCCGGAUGAGGAUGGGAACGUGUUGAUCAAAUCAAAGUAUUAAAAGGAGAAGCACAUGGUCCGUGUGGUUUGGUUUGGUAUGCCAAAAGCUUUUGAUAAAGAUCCAAGUCCAGUGGUCCAUGCGUGUGAGUCGAGUUAGCGUGUCGGCAUCACCACGCAGCAAUCAGACAUGUGGGUGUUAGUUGACAAUAGCAUUUUGGUUGAGGAACCAAGAGAAGGCAAUUGCCUCUUGUUUCCAUGACAACAUUUGUUCACCCUUUCAAUGUAGCUUUGCUUUUUCGUUGAAUUUCACACCCCGUACAAUGUUAUUCACUACGAACUUGCAAGAGUUUUUUUGUUGUUUGUUUGUCC